UAAAGAUGCGGCCCAUAAAUAUAAGCUACCCUAAUUUAGGAAACAUCCCAAAACAAGCUAGCGCAGCGCAGCUCUCAAACAGAUCUGAGAAUCUAACUGCCGGCCGCCUGUCCCAGUCGGAUGAAGCUCCUCUCCGAAGCCCGAGCCUUUCUCUUCUAACACCACCGCCGAUUGUGCAGAUGGACUCCACAAGCUCAAAGUUGCAUCAACUCCAGAAGGCGUUCGCUGAACUCGAGAGUCACCGGGCUGUUGCUCUUAACCUGAAAUGGACGCAACUGGAAGAGCAUUUUCACGGCCUCGAGAAGUCCCUGAAGAGGCGCUUCACUGAAUUGGAAGACCAGGAGAAGGAUUUCGAGUCCAAAAUCGCUCAAUCCAGAGACUUGUUGGAGAAGCGUGAAGUGGCUGUCUUAGCUAAAGAGAAAGCUUCUCUCGAAUGCCUCCAAGAGAAAAGAGACGCUGCGCUUUCUGCCAUUUCCAUUGCUCUCGGUAAGCAUUCCAACCCCUUUUCUGCAGGAUCUGGUGCUGUUAAUGUUGAAGACCCAGCUGGAUCAUGUGUUCCGGAUGAAAAAGCUUCCGAUUCCACAGAAACAGCCAUUGAUAUAGUAGUCGACUGUGUGAAACCUUGCGAGAGUGGAGAUGUCGAGAACAAGUCUUAUCCUGAGCUAGUUAGGCUAUGCAAGGAGAUGGAUUCAGAUGGCCUACACAAAUUUAUAUCAGACAACCGUAAGAAUCUAGCUGCUAUAAGGGAGGAGAUUCCACAAGCUUUAAUGGCGGCAGCAAAUCCUGCAUCUUUAGUUUUGGAUUCACUCAAAGGUUUCUACAAUUCGGAAGUGUCAGUUCAGGAUGCCAAAAAGGACGCCAUCCUUCUAGGAAUUCGCAGAACCUGUAUAAUGUUGAUGGAGUGCCUUUGCAUGUUAUCAACUUUCAUCCCAGAGAAUAUGAAGGAACGCGCAAAAGCUGUAGCUGAAGAAUGGAAACCAAUGUUAGAUGAACUUGACGUUGAUGCUAAUUACGGGAACUCUUUGGAAGCUCAUGCGUUCUUACAGCUAGUUGCUACUUUCUGUAUUAAUUCGGCCUUUCACCAGGAGGAUUUAAUCAAACUGAUACCUAUGGUUUCUCGUCGCCGUCAAAUGGCUGAUUUAUGCCGUUCCCUUGGAUUGGCUGAUAAGAUGCCAGGUGUUAUCAAUGUGUUGGUUAGUAAUGGAAGGCAUAUAGAUGCUGUAAAUCUAGCUUUUGCCUUUGAGCUGACCGAGCAGUUCCCACCUGUUUCUCUACUGAAGUCUUAUUUGAAUGAAGCAUGCAAAGCUUCACCUAGCAAAUCUGGAAAUACAUCUGGUUCACAGAAUGACAUCAAUGAGAAGGAACUAAAUGCACUGAAG